AAAAAAUUGACAAGUCCAGCUGCCGGCAUAUUUUUGAAAUCCGUCCAAGAAGAAGAGAUGGCCACAGAAGUUGACCUGCGUGGGCGGAAGCAUGGAACGCUGUGGCUGUCGUCGUCGGCAGCCGGGUUUGCGCCGUCAGCGUCGUCCUCAGCAGCGGCAGUGCAGGGCGGGGAUGCGGGGCUCUUGGCCACCAUUUAUCACACAAAACGAGCAACGGCAAGCACGUUGCACGCGCACCGGCACCGCAUCACUCACGCAUGCUUUGAUGCCAAGGGCAGCCAGCUCCUCACCGCCGACCAUCGUGGCGACAUCUUCUGGUUCAAACUCGAUGACAACUGCUACAAGCUCGUGUACAACAAUGGCACUCCACUGACAGCCAUUGCCAUUGCCCCUUCCAUCAACAGAAUCCUUAUUGCAGACGCAGACAACUGGAUCCGCUGCAUCGAACUCUCCACGGGCUCUGUCAUUGAGCAGUGGGGUGAUGAGACUCAGAGCACGGUGCACAGGAUCGACAUCAAUCAAGAUGAAACAUACGCCGUUGUCACAUGUGCCAACGAGGCGCUGUUGUUUCAGCUCAACCCUCUGCAACACUUGCGAAACCUCAACGGCGCAGAGAACGUCGGCGUGCAAGAGGUGCUGUUCACACCAUCUGGGUCAUUCCUCGUGACGGCAUUCAAGGACGACACAAUCAUGCUCUGGUCAGCCGUCAACCUCCAGUUUGAGGCGCGGUUGCCCAUUCCGACCACAGAAGGACGGCUUGCACUUCGCUGCUUUGCCGUGUCGCGGGACAGCAAGCACUUGCUUGCCGGUGGAAAGUGCAGGUGUGUGUUCCUGUACAACAUACCGACAGAGUCGCUUGUGAAAGCCAUUGAGCUCCCGGAAUCGUCAAGAGGUGCACAGACCAUCCACUUCCUCUGGGCUGGCGCCGCCGACACGAAAUUGCUCAUGUGCGGUGUUCUGGGUCACGAUGGCGUCAUUCGCUUCCUUGAUGUCAACUCUGCGCAAAUCCUGUCAUCCGUUGGCCCGCAAGAGUUUCCCUUCUGCGAUAACUUCUCCAUCGACCCAAACGCAAGGUAUCUCGCUCUGGUUCGUGCGACGGGCGAGCUUGGCCUGUAUGACCUCGUGCAGCUGCUGAGACACACGGCAAAGGUGGCACGCAGCAAGGCCAAAUCAAAGACAAAGCGCAAGAAACCGCACAAGCAGCGGGCUAGCGGAUUCCGGAGCCACCGCCGCACAGCACCAUCCUCGACAACAGGCGGCACGAGCGUCGGUCGUGCCACCACAACAACAGGAACGAGUGUCUCGGGCGCUUCGUCGUCGCAUCUCACGCGAUCAGCGGCAUCAAUCAGAAGCAGGCACACCGACCGGCGGCAAACACGCUCUGGCCCGCAAGCACACCAGCAGGAGAGCGCCUCAGCGGAACAUUUGGAGCGAUAUUUACAGUCGCUUCCACGCGAGGGCGUACCCAUCCUCCACGAUGCAAUGGAUCGGCCUGCAAUCAACUUUCUCAAGCUGAGGCGAGUGCUGCUUGGAUUUGGUGAAUACCCGACAAAGUAUCGCAAGUACAUUUGGAAGCGUGUGCUCAACCUUCCCAACAACGUGCUGGCCUACAACGCCCUCAACUCCCUCGGCACACACCCAGCGUUUGCUCGCCUCCAAGAACACUACCCGCUGCGCAGCCGCAAACUCCAACGCAUUCUCCAAAGAACCAUGUCGUGUCUUGCGCACUGGGCGCCAAUCUUUGGAGAGCUGCCAUAUCUGGCCGGGACCGUCUUCCCCUUUGUCCGCAUGUUCCAAAACAACCCUCUGGAAGCGUUUGAAGUCUGCGCCACCGUGUUGACAAACUGGUGCCAACUCUGGUUUGAAUUCUUCCCAAAUCCUCCACUCAGUGUGCUGAACAUGUUGGAGAACUUGCUGGCCGAGCACGAUGUGGAGGUGUUGCAGCACUUUGUUGAGCUCGGCAUGACAGCGCAGGGUUAUGGCUGGCCCCUCCUCCAAACCAUGUUCUCUGACGUGUUUGCCGAACCAGAGUGGCUGCGCGUGUGGGACAACGUCGUGUCCAACCAUCCCGGCUUCAUCAUGUACAUUGCGCUUGCAUACUUGAAGGCAUCAAGGGCUGCACUUCUCACGUGUGCGACGCAGGAGGACGUAUCAUUCUACCUCAGCAAACCAAACCCAGUGGACGCCGACGAAGUGGUCAAGCUGGCGUACGAGCUCGCAAGCAUCACAACAGAAGACGUAGACACCUACAACCUCAUGCACGACUUUAAGCCACUGACGCCAGGCACCUACCCAGUCUUCAACGAAUAUCCAGAGUUUGUUGUCGACUACCAGGUUCGCGAGAGAGAGAAAAUCCGGGAGGAGGAAGCGACGCUGCUGCGCGAACGGGCGCUGCUGCAGACGAGCGAGCGCGAAAUUCGGGCUCUCACUGCGGAGGAGGAGGCAUGGAAACGACAGGAGCAGAUGCUGCUUGACGCUGAAGCAAGCCGCAGAUCCCAGCUGCAGGAAGACCUUGCACGCCUUGACGCAGAGAAGCGAGAGCUGGAGAAGUUGAAGCGGGACCAACGCCUUCGACACCAAAAGGUGUAUGAGCAGAGCCGGCGAGAGUUUCUCACACGUCGCCACCGCCUCAGAGAUAUGGAGACAAAGCGGAUGGAAGAUGAGGCUGCUGUUGCUCGUGCCCUGAACCGCAGUCACGGCCGAACACCGGAGCACCCAGCAGAGUCUGUCCAGAGUAAACUCCGACGCAAGUACUCGCGGCAACGAAAUGCCCCUUCCUCGCCACCAUCGUCAACAACACGGCGUGAUCGGCGGCACGCUCGAAGUCACGAAAGUGGACACCGCGCGGUGCAGCCUGGCUAUGAAGAUGAGUACACGCCACUGGAGCUGGCCAAGUUGCGAACGGCGUGGCAGGACAACAUGAGCGCCUCGUCCGUGCAUGAUGACGAUGCAUCGACACACGCGCCAUCAUCGCACGGCAUUGAGCCGCCCCACAGCAGGAGCGAGCGAAGCCACCGCCAUCAUCAGAGAGCACGCGACGGCGCCCGCCGUGUGCAGCCGACUGCGCGUGGCCACCAUACCAACGACAACGACGACGACGACGACGAUGGUGAUGGUGAUGACACGCCUUAUCGACCACGGCGGCAUGUGUCGGACCAAGUGUUUGAGACGCCCCUGAAUCGCGUCAGGGCUGCGCGCGGAAAGGUGUUGGAGCAUCAGCGCAAGGAGAUGUCGGACAAAAUGUCGGCAGCCCACAAUUCGUCAUGAACGCGGGGUCUGCGUUGGCGUUUCCAUGCUUUACUGUCGGUCAAUUGCCGGCUCUGUUAUUCUUUCGGUUUUUUCGACACUGCUCUUGCCCACGCCCACAAGUACCAUUGUCGAGAUUACUCUGCGUGUUCUGUCUCGCCUGCGCUGAAUGUCUUUUCUUUACCCCUUUCCCUUGAUCCUGUAGCCUGGUUUAUGUCCACAUGCUUGUAUGCAAACCACAUGUAUGUACCGGCAUUGGUGGUGUUCCGUUUCGUCGAUCUGCAUGCAAGCGUGGGCUUGAGUUGCUGAAGUGAAUGGUGUUGACUGGCCACGUUGUUCUGUUGCGGUGUUUGCUUGCUGUGACUUGCUGGCUUGAUUUGAAUGUUCUCAUAGUUUAUGCGAAUGAACCAAACACGUGCCCUGCGCACGUGUGCUGCC